AUGCUCCACACACCCACCACCCAAUCCCAUCCCAACUCUCUAAACCUCACUAUCCCCCAUCUAACUCACCUCUUUACAUCCCAACCCACCCUCCCACCCCACCUCAAACCCCACAUCCCCCAAAUCCUCCAAACCCUACUCACGCACCUCGACUCUCCACCCCACAUCUCCCUCCUCACCCCAUUAUUCAUUCUACACCCUCCAACGAAAUCCAUGGCGUUGCGAAAAGGGGUCCUAGAUGCCCUUGUGAAUUGUAUUGAGAACAAGUGUGGGAUGGAGGCCCUUGAGGCUUUGCAGGCUUUUUUGGUGGAUUAUUGUGAGGGGUGUGAGGUAUUUGAACAGGGAGCUUUAGAAAAAGUAUGUCACAUCUUGGUGGAUUCGAGAACGGAGGAAAGGUUACGACAUAAAUGCAUUGAACUGUUGACAGUUUAUCUCGCACCCACUCCACCAAAAACAACUCUAGAGAAACAGCAUACGCUUGAAGCUUUCUUGGGUCCGCGUUUCGUAAAGAGGUUGGUUAAAGGGUUGGAAAGUCUCUUGUAA